AUGGCUUCAGUGGGUAUGGCACCUGCAUCUGGCUUAAGGGAGUCAGGUACUCGUGCUGUGGGGGUUGAUAGGUUGCCCGAGGAGAUGAAUGACAUGAAAAUCCGAGAUGACAAAACAAUUAGCUACAUGGCUGAACGCAUUGUUGGGCAAGGAUCAUUUGGAGUAGUAUUCCAGGCAAAAUGUCUAGAGACUGGUGAAACAGUUGCAAUAAAGAAGGUUCUUCAGGAUAAGAGGUAUAAGAACCGCGAGUUGCAGACAAUGCGUCUCCUUGACCAUCCAAAUGUUGUUUCUUUGAAGCACUGCUUCUUCUCAACAACAGAAAAGGAUGAACUAUAUCUCAAUCUGGUGCUUGAGUAUGUCCCGGAAACUGUUCAUCGUGUGAUCAAACACUAUAAUAAGUUGAACCAGAGAAUGCCUUUGAUUUAUGUUAAGCUGUACACUUACCAGAUUUUCAGAGCAUUGUCUUACAUUCACGGUGUUAUCCGAGUAUGUCACAGGGACAUAAAGCCUCAAAAUCUAUUGGUGAAUCCUCAUACCCACCAGGUCAAAUUAUGCGAUUUUGGAAGCGCCAAAGUUUUGGUUAAAGGAGAGCCCAACAUCUCUUAUAUCUGCUCUAGGUAUUAUAGAGCACCCGAACUUAUUUUUGGAGCGACUGAGUACACUACUGCAAUCGACAUAUGGUCUGCUGGUUGCGUGCUUGCUGAGCUGCUUCUUGGACAGCCUCUGUUUCCUGGUGAGAGUGGUGUAGACCAGCUUGUCGAGAUCAUCAAGGUUUUGGGUACUCCGACGAGGGAGGAAAUCAAAUGCAUGAACCCCAAUUAUACUGAGUUCAAAUUCCCACAAAUUAAAGCCCAUCCAUGGCACAAGAUAUUCCAUAAGCGCAUGCCUCCAGAAGCUGUUGAUCUUGUUUCGAGGCUGCUGCAAUACUCUCCUAAUCUUCGUUGCUCAGCUUUGGAUGCCCUUACCCACCCCUUCUUUGACGAGCUUCGUGACCCGAGCACUCAUCUUCCCAAUGGCCGUUUUCUUCCUCCAUUAUUUAACUUCAAGCCUCAUGAGUUGAAGGGUGUUCCUGCGGAGACACUGGCAAAAUUGAUUCCCGAGCAUGCAAGGAAGCAGUGCCCCUUUCUCGGCCCAUGA